AUGGGGUGGGGGGGGGGGGGGGGGGGGGGGGGGGGGGGGGGGGGGGGGGGGGGGGGGGGGGGGGGGGGGGGGGGGGGGGGGGGGGGGGGGGGGGGGGGGGGGGGUGGGGGGGGGGGGGGGGGGGGGGGGGGGGGGGGGGGGGGGGGGGGGGGGGGGGGGGGGGGGGGGGGGGGGGGGGGGGGGGGGGGGGGGGGGGGGGGGGGGGGGGGGGGGGGGGGGGGGGGGGGGGGGGGGGGGGGGGGGGGGGGGGGGGGGGGGGGGGGGGGGGGGGGGGGGGGGGGGGGGGGGGGGGGGGGGGGGGGAGGGGGGGGGGGGGGGGGGGGGGGGGGGGGGGGAGGGGGGGGGGGGGGGGUGGGGGGGGGGGGGGGGGGGGGGGGGGGGGGGGGUGGGGGGGGGGGGGGGGGGGGGGGGGGGGGGGGGGAGGGGGGGGGGGGGGGGGGGGGGGGGAGGGGGGGGGGGGGGGGGGGGGGGGGGGGGGGGGGGGGGGGGGGGGGGGGGGGGGGGGGGGGGGGGGGGGGGGGGGGGGGGGGGGGGGGGGGGGGGGGGGGGGGGGGGGGGGGGGGGGGGGGGGGGGGGGGGGGGGGGGGGGGGGGGGGGGGGGGGGGGGGGGGGGGGGGGGGGGAGGGGGGGGGGGGGGGGGGGGGGGGGGGGGGGGGGGGGGGGGGGGGGGGGGGGGGGGGGGAGGGGGGGGGGGGGGGGGGGGGGGGGGGGGGGGGGGGGGGGGGGGGGGGGGGGGGGGGGGGGGGGGGGGGGGGGGUGGGGGGGGGGGGGGGGGGGGGGGGGGGGGGGGGGGGGGGGGGGGGGGGGGGGGGGGGGGGGGGGGGGGGGGGGGGGGGGGGGGUGGGGGGGGGGGGGGGGGGGGGGGGGGGGGGGGGGGGGGGGGGGGGGGGGGGGGGGGGGGGGGGGGGGGGUGGGGGGGGGGGGGGGGGGGGGGGGGGAGGGGGGGGGGGGAGGGGGGGGGGGGGGGGGGGGGGGGGGGGGGGGGGGGGGGGGGGGGGUGGGGGGGGGGGGGGGGGGGGGGGGGGGGGGGGGUGGGGGGGGGGGGGGGGGGGGGGGGGGGGGGGCGGGGGGGGGGGGGGGGGGGGGGGGGGGGGGGGGGGGGGGGGGGGGGGGGGGGGGGGGGGGGGGGGGGGGGGGGGGGGGUGGGGGGGGGGGGGGGGGGGGGGGGGGGGGGGGGGGGGGGGGGGGGGGGGGGGGGGGGGGGGGGGGGGGGGGGGGGGGGGGGGGGGGGGGGGGGGGGGGGGGGGGGGGGGGGGGGGGGGGGGGGGGGGGGGGGGGGGGGGGGGGGGGGGGGGGGGGGGGGGGGGGGGGGGGGGGGGGGGGGGGUGGGGGGGGGGGGGGGGGGGGGGGGGGGGGGGGGGGGGGGGGGGGCGGGGGGGGGGGGGGGGGGGGGGGGGGGGGGGUGGGGGGGGGGGGGGGGGGGGGGGGGGGGGGGGGGGGGUGGGGGGGGGGGGGGGGGGGGGGGGGGGGGGGGGGGGGGGGGGGGGGGGGGGGGGGGGGGGGGGGGGGGGGGGGGGGGGGGGGGGGGGGGGGGGGGGGGGGGGGGGGGGGGGGGGGGGGGGGGGGGGGGGGGGGGGGGGGGGGGGGGGGGGGGGGGGGGGGGUGGGGGGGGGGGGGGGGGGGGGGGGGGGGGGGGGGGGGGGGGGGGGGGGGGGGGGGGGGGGGGGGGGGGGGGGGGGGGGGGGGGGGGGGGAGGGGGGGGGGGGGGGGGGGGGGGGGGGGGGGGGGGGGGGGGGGGGGGGGGGGGGGGGGGGGGGGGGGGGGGGGGGGGGGGGGGGGAGGGGGGGGGGGGGGGGGGGGGGGGGGGGGGGGGAGGGGGGGGGGGGGGGGGGGGGGGGGGGGGGGGGGGGGGGGGGGGGGGGGGGGGGGGGGGGGGAGGGGGGGGGGGGGGGGGGGGGGGGGGGGGGGGGGGGGGGGGGGGGGCGGGGGGGGGGGGGGGGGGGGGGGGGGGGGGGGGGGGGGGGGUGGGGGGGGGGGGGGGGGGGGGGGGGGGGGGGGGGGGGGGGGGGGGGGGGGGGGGGGGGGGGGGGGGGGGGGGGGGGGGGGGGGGGGGGGGGGGGGGGGGGGGGGGGGGGGGGGGGGGGGGGGGGGGGGGGGGGGGGGGGGGUGGGGGGGGGGGGGGGGGGGGGGGGGGGGGGUGGGGGGGGGGGGGGGGGGGGGGGGGGGGGGGGGGGGGGGGGGGGGGGGGGGGGGGGGGGGGGGGGGGGGGGGGGGGGGGGGGGGGGGGGGUGGGGGGGGGGGGGGGGGGGGGGGGGGGGGGGGGGGGGGGGGGGGGGGGAGGGGGGGGGGGGGGGGGGGGGGGGGGGGGGGGGGGGGGGGGGGGGGGGGGGGAGGGGGGGGGGGGGGGGGGGGGGGGGGGGGGGGGGGGGGGGGGGGGGGGGGGGGGGGGGGGGGGGGGGGGGGGGGGGGGGGGGGGGGGGGGGGGGGGGGGGGGGGGGGGGGGGGGGGGGGGGGGGGGGGGGGGGGGGGGGGGGGGAGGGGGGGGGGGGGGGGGGGGGGG